AUGAGGAUCCUCGCACUGCUUCUGGGGAUGAAAGCAGCGUGCAUCCUGCUGGUUUCCUCGCUCUCAGGCACGGGGGCAGUUAACAACAGCGGCCGGUGGUGGUAAGUAGUUGAGUUCAUGUGUGAUGUAUUCAUUCAAUUAAAUGCGCCUCCUAAUGACCUAUGCUCAUUUCGACGAAGCCUGCAGCAAAGGAGUCAGUGCGAGAUAUAGUGGUGUAUUGCCUGAAAUAUGCAGUGCUCUGCUUCCAAAUCAACUGAAUCAACACUAAAACAUUAAUUGGUAGGCCUGUUCCAUGCUCGAAAUAAUAAUGUGUUAUUGUUGGCACCAGCUUCAUAAUUUCUGUAAAUUUCUGCUAGAAAACCAAGCACUAACCACAAGCCAUUAAGAUUUGAGGGCCUUUGGAUAAGACCUCCCAAUUAGAGCGAGUAGCCUAACUAACUCGAUUUAGCCAGUUUCCAAUCGAAAGGAAUUACUUUUUCCAUAAAAUUAUUUGAUAUAAAGUAUUAUUUUUCAAUAUGAUAACGAUUUUGUUUUUUUGGGGAACGGUUGCAGCCCAUGUUUAUUCAAUUUACCCCCCCCCCCCCCCCCCCCCCUCUCCCUCUCCCUCUCUCUCUCUCUCUCUCUCUCUCUGUCGCUUGUAAUUUUGACAGUGUGGCUUGAACGCUAGACAACAUUUUUCUGUCCAAUGUGGGAUACAUUAAAUAUGGAUUUAUUUCAUGGCAGAGAGCAGUUUCAUUCCAGGUCGUAUUCAGGGUCCUAUAUAUUGUCUACGGUCGUAUCGGAUAAACUAUAGGAUAAAUAUGCAUUCCCUCGCCAAUGUCUGCAUACAUUUGUUAUAAACUAUAAAACCAACAUGUGAAAAUAGUGUGUCUUACACUAGCUUAAGUGGACAAAUAUACAUUUAAUGUUAAGUAGGCUUAUAGACGUGGCAUAAUGUGCAUUCUGUAAAAAUAAAGAAAUAAUACCCGUAUACUGCAAAUAUGUAAAGAAAGAGGAGCUGCGUUAAUAAUAUUACACUGAAUAAUUCAAAUUAUAACGCAGACCGCAAUAUCAUUCGUUAUGGAAUAUGGCAACCUUGCAAUGCCACUGGGGUAAACUAUACUUUUUAUUUUAUUUAUUUUUUUACAUGGGUCUGAGUUCUAAACCAAUCCUUAUCACUACAAUAUGCCAAGAAAAUAAAGAAGGAAAAUACACAGCGAGAGAGAAGAAAAUUGGAUUGAAAUAUUUAUCCGAAGAUGGGAUAAUAGCGUUCCAAAGCCUGGACCGACCGCACUAUACUGUCUGGCCCCUGCACUCUUCCAAAAAAAGAUUCUGGAUAGAACCAAAAAGGGUUCUAUGCUUGCUUCAUAUAUGGCACCCCUUAAGGUUGUAUAUAGGACCGCAAUUGGUUCCAUACAGAACCCUAUAUGGAACCCAAGGUUUCCAUAUGGAACCAAUUUUGGUUCAGUAAAGAAGAACCCCUGGGGUUCUGAUCAAAUAACCCUAGAAAAGGGUUCUGUAUAGAACCUUUAGGGAUGCCAUAUAUGAAGCAAGCAAUAUAACCCUUUUUGGUUCUAUCCAGAACUUUUUUUUUUAAGAGUGUGGUCUGUCAAUUAAAUAAUUAUGUCUUUCUGAUUGCCAAGGGGUUGCAGGAGACACACAACAAUUAGGCUAAGUAACUGAAACCAUAAAUAUAGUAGGCUGGCAAUGCAAUAUGGCAGUCAUACUGCAGCCAAUAAUGGCAGCCAUAAUCAUAUCAGAUAAAGUAGACUGUAUUGAAGUUGCUUGUUAUUACUUUUGUGGCUGAUACUCAAAUUCCAAUUAACUGUUUCCAUCAUCCAUUAUGAUCAGCAUCCUAUAUUAAUAAAUACAUUUGAACCGAAUAAUUUUUGUUAAGGUCAAUACAUUUUUUAAAGGUCAAUGAAAGAACCAAAUGCAUGAGCUUCUCUCUCUAACUCGAACUGAUUCCACCCUCUCUUCUCUUCGUCUCUGCCAGGGGCAUUGUGAAUGUGGCCUCCUCUGCAAACCUCCUCACCAACUCCAAGAGCGUCCAGUUGGUACUGGAACCCAGCUUGGCCCAGCUGAGCCGUCGCCAGCGCCGCCUCAUCCGCCAGAAUCCAGGGAUCCUCCACGCCAUCGCAGCCGGCCUGCAAACCGCCAUAAAGGAGUGCAAGUGGCAGUUCAGGAACCGCCGCUGGAACUGCCCGACCACCCACAGCCCGGCAAUAUUUGGCAAAAUCGUUAACCGUGGUGAGUUGUCUGUUGUCCCUCUGGGCGUCCUCACUAAGGCAACAGGUGGACCUUUUUGGUACAGAAUGUCAUGGAAUCCAUUUGGGAAGGGAAAAGUCUAUCUUUACAUAUCUUGAGAUUUUUACAUUUAAUUCAGACCAAAUAGUGACAUUAAUAUUCACUUUCAAAAAAUGCUCUAUAUUGUAUAGCGCUGAAGAGAAUUUCUGCUGUGUUGUGUCAGGUUGCCGAGAGACAGCGUUUGUGUUUGCGAUCACGAGUGCAGGGGUGACCCAUGCGGUGGCCCGCUCCUGCUCUGAGGGGGCCAUCGAGUCGUGCACCUGUGACUACCGUCGCCGGGGGCCUGGGGGUCCUGACUGGCACUGGGGCGGCUGCAGCGACAACGUGGACUUUGGCCAGAUGUUCAGUCGGGAGUUUGUGGACUCCAGCGAGAGAGGAAGGGAUUUCCGAUACCUCACUAACCUACACAACAACGAGGCAGGGAGAAUGGUGAAGGAGACAUUGUUGAUUCACAGAUAGCACUUCAUACUGUAUGUUCACUCUCUCACUCUUUAGUGAUUAUCCGAUAUCAACCUAUUUUUCUGAAUUUCAUCCAUUUUCUUUAAUGUUUAUUCCCUUCACGUUCUUCUAGGCUUUCUUCACUUUUCAACUUCUUCCAAGCUUUCUGUCCUCUUCCCAUUCCUCCAUGUUUUAUUUGCUAUUGAUGUUAUUCCACCUUUUCUUUGCUCACCUUCUUCCACAUGUACAUUUCUUCAUCUCUAAUCCUUUCUGCCUUCGUUCUCCAGACAGUGUCGUCAGAGAUGCGUCAAGAGUGUAAGUGCCAUGGCAUGUCAGGCUCAUGCACCAUGCGUACCUGCUGGAUGCGUCUACCCAGCUUCCGCGCUGUUGGGGACUUCCUGAAGGACCGCUUCGACGGAGCGUCCCGGGUCGUCUAUGCCAACAAGGGUUCCAACCGCGCCUCUCACCGUGCCGAUCCAAGCCAUCUCGAACCCGAGAACCCCUCCCACAAACCCCCGUCAUCCAGAGACCUGGUCUACUUUGAGAAGUCACCCAACUUCUGCACCUACCACGGCAAGACGGGUACCCACGGAACCUCGGGGAGGACCUGUAACAGCUCGUCUCCCGCGCUGGACGGGUGUGAGCUGCUGUGUUGUGGUAGAGGGUUCCAAACUCAGACUGAGAAGGUCACUGAGAGGUGUCACUGUACGUUCCACUGGUGCUGCCAUGUUAGCUGCCUCAACUGCACCAGCACACAGAUGUUACACCAGUGCCUCUGA